AUGCCUUUCACCGCUUCAGACAUCUGCAAGAUCAUCUUGGCCAUCUUCGUGCCGCCUCUUGGUGUCUUCCUUGAGCGAGGCUGCAAUGCCGAUUGUGCCUUGUUGACCAUUCUCGGUUACAUUCCCGGCAUCAUUCACGCGCUCUACAUGUCAGCUCAGAUGCCCUCUGCGCAUGCUUCAGCUGACCACGAGGUCAUCAUACAGUAUCUUAAAGUAUUAGUAGUGUGCACGAUUGCCGCUCGCGCCUCGAUAAGCAAUUUAGAAUCGCAUCGAAGCCAGCCCUCUUGCUCGUUCAGUCCGAAGAAGCCACAUUUACCCUACGUGUAA